UUUUUUACUACAUCAAUCACCAAAAUUCGAGGGUCUAAAACCCUUUCCCCUCUCUCUCUCUCUCUCUCUCUCUAAUCCAUCUCAAAUUUCCCUCUUGUUUUCUCGUCAAAAUUCUCCAAAACCACUGCUUAUCUGCAAAUUCCCUCAACCCAAUCACGUACACGUGCUCAAUUGCGGAUAUGAGCAUCACCGACGAGAAACCCUAGUUUUCCGGAAAACCCUAAUCUGGGUUUUCCCACUCUGAUUUCGCUUGCAAUUCCGUAAACCCAGCUUCAAUUUCCGGACUAAUUACUGUUCUAGUCUACAUAUAGACGCAUUUUGAGGAGUGGGGUAGAGGAGAGAGAAUGGAGGGGACACCGCACCCGAUACCGAGGACAGUAGAGGAGGUGUUCAGCGACUUCAAAGCCAGAAGGGCUGGCUUAAUCAAGGCUCUUACAAAUGAAGUUGAGAAGUUUUACCAGCAGUGCGAUCCUGAAAAGGAGAAUUUGUGUUUGUAUGGACUUCCAAAUGAGACAUGGGAAGUCAACCUGCCUGUUGAGGAGGUGCCUCCUGAGCUUCCUGAGCCAGCGUUGGGUAUAAACUUUGCUAGGGAUGGAAUGCAAGAGAAGGACUGGUUAUCACUCGUUGCAGUUCACAGUGAUUCAUGGUUGCUUUCUGUUGCAUUCUAUUUUGGUGCACGUUUCGGGUUUGGCAAGAGUGAAAGGAAGAGGCUUUUCCAGAUGAUAAAUGAUCUCCCAACUAUAUUUGAAGUUGUGACAGGAAAUGUUAAGCAACCGAAAGACCAAUCCGGUCCCCCCAACACCACCACCAAAAGCAAAUCAAGUGGGAAGACGCAGUCUCGGCCUGAGCCCCAGCCCAAGGCAGUGAAGAUUUCCCCUGCACCUCCCAAAGAAGAGGAUGACAACGGGGAGGAGGAGGAGGAGGAGGAAGAAGAAGAAGAAGAAGAAGAAGCAGAAGCAGAAGAACAGGGAGCCACACUCUGUGGCGCUUGUGGAGAUAACUAUGCAAACGAUGAAUUUUGGAUCUGCUGCGACAUCUGCGAGAGAUGGUUCCAUGGAAAAUGUGUGAAGAUUACGCCUGCAAAAGCGGAGCAUAUCAAGCAGUACAAGUGCCCAAGCUGUAGUAGCAAGAGGGCUAGGGUUUGAAAAUCUAGGUUCUGAAGCUGGAGAAUGAAACAUUAAUCAAAACUGAAGGACGGUGUUUAGAACUUUUUCUCUGUUGUACUAUUGUAAUGUGAAACAAGGCAAGGUAAUGAACCAUCUUUAGAAGUUACUGAACUUAGAAUACCUGUUGAUGGGAUUUGAUUUGUGCUAUGAAAUUUAUGUGACCUGUGUCUAGGGACUAUGGUUUUCUUUGUGAAUUAUGCUUUAGCAGUUGCUGGCAAGAAAUUUUUAGAGGUUGUUGCA